AUGGCUGUUGAUGGUGGGUGUGGGGACACUGGAGACUGGGAAGGUCGCUGGAACCAUGUAAGGAAGUUCCUGGAGCGAUCUGGACCAUUCACACAUCCUGAUUUCGAGCCAGGCACUCAAGCUCUCGAGUUUUUGUUAAGCACAUGUAAAGUGCUGGUUAUUGGAGCAGGAGGAUUGGGAUGUGAACUCCUGAAAAACCUGGCACUGUUUGGCUUCAGGCAGAUCCAUGUGAUUGACAUGGACACUAUAGAUGUUUCUAACCUUAACCGACAGUUUCUGUUUCGACCGAAGGACGUGGGGCGACCCAAAGCAGAAGUUGCAGCAGAAUUCCUCAACAGCCGCGUCCCCAACUGCGCCGUCGUGCCCUAUUUUAAAAAGAUUCAAGACAUGGAUGAGAGCUUCUAUCGACAGUUUCAUAUUAUUGUUUGUGGGCUUGACUCUAUAAUUGCAAGAAGAUGGAUAAAUGGCAUGCUGAUGUCAUUUUUACGUUAUGAAGAUGGUGCCCUGGACCCAAGCUCCAUCAUACCUUUGAUAGAUGGAGGGACAGAAGGUUUUAAGGGAAACGUUCGUGUGAUUAUUCCUGGUAUGACAGCGUGUGUUGAAUGCACCCUUGAGCUUUACCCACCACAGGUCAAUUUUCCCAUGUGUACUAUUGCAUCUAUGCCCAGACUGCCAGAGCAUUGCAUUGAGUAUGUCAGGAUACUGCAGUGGCCAAAGGAGCAGCCUUUUGGAGAAGGUGUUGCACUGGAUGGAGAUGACCCUGAACAUAUACAGUGGAUUUACCAUAAGUCUUUAGAAAGAGCAUCACAAUUUAAUAUUAAAGGGGUUACGUACAGACUCACCCAAGGGGUGGUGAAACGAAUUAUUCCAGCAGUAGCUUCCACAAAUGCAGUCAUUGCAGCUGUUUGUGCCACUGAAGUUUUUAAAAUAGCUACAAGCGCGUACAUUCCUCUCAACAACUACUUGGUGUUCAACGACGUGGAUGGAUUGUACACAUACACAUUUGAAGCUGAAAGAAAGGAGAACUGUCCAGCCUGCAGCCAGCUUCCCCAAAACAUAGAGAUUUCCCCAUCAGCUAAAUUGCAGGAGAUCUUGGAUUACUUGACAAAUAAUGCUUCAUUGCAGAUGAAGUCUCCUGCAAUUACAGCAACUAUGUAUGGAGGAAAUAAAACACUUUAUUUACAGACAGUAGCUUCCAUUGAAGAACGGACAAGGCCAAAUCUUUCCAAGACACUAAAAGAACUGGGGCUCGUGGAUGGCCAGGAACUUGCAGUUGCUGAUGUUACUACACCACAGACGAUGUUGUUCAAACUUCACUUUACCACUUAAUUUAUUCAUGAGUAAACUGCACGUACAGCAAGAGACAUCUGCACCCACCAUGUGAACCAGACGUACUCUGUGGGUGUUACAGAGCCUGAAAUGUUCUUGUUCAUGUUCAUACUAGCAGUCGAGGUUAGGUAAUGCAAAUGAAUCACCAUAUUUCAGAACUGAACCUACAAGCCAAUAUUUGGUGGAAUUAUAUUUGUAUAAAUGCUUGUUAAUGUACAGAACUCCUAUGAAUACACUUUCUUUUUUUCCAGUUUUUGUUGUCAAACUGUUAAUGCUAAUCUACUUUUGGUCACAUGGAAAC